GAAGAAAUGACCGGCCGAGCCGCGAUGGGUCACUGCGUGCUCCGGGCCUCCGACUGAACAUGGAUCCUUGUGACACGCCAGCAUCCACGCCGGGACAGAGCGCGGUCAGAGACUGCUCGCUCUUCCCCACCUACCUGCAGAAACGCCUGGGCUCGGUGCGGAAGCGGACCUCGCUGGCCCCCAGCCCGCCGUGCAGGAGACUCCCCCAGUGCUCGCGGCUGCAGGAAAAUGUUGAUCCUCAAAGGGUUGCGUUCCUUCUUCAUAAGCAGUGGACUUUAUACAGCUUGACCCCUUUAUACAAGUUCUCCUACUCCAACCUGCAGGACUAUUCUAGGCUUCUGAGUGCCUUCAUGGCUGCUGAAAAGCAAAAAGGGCUGGCGGUGGCCGUGGGGGAAGACUUGGACUUCAGAGUACUUUUCUCUGUUCUUCUGGGAAUGAAAGGCACGCCCAGAGACUCGGAAGCACUUCUCAUUCAGGUUCUCUCCAACUCGAAGCUGCCAGCCGAGAGCAAAGAAGACAAAGUGCUAUGGAGUGGUUGGUUCUGCUGCGUGUUUGGGGACAGCCUCCUGGAGACCGUUCCAGAAGAUUUCACCUGCCUGCCCCUGUUCCUGGCCAACGGAGCCGCCUCCAACACAGCGCUCAUCACCGCCUGGUUUGAGGAAACGUUCGACUGUUUCUUCAGACCCUUAGCGAUCAACGCGUUCAACCUCUCCUGGCUGGCCGCCCUGUGGACGGCGUGCAAAGUGGACUGCGACGUGGCGUCCACGGAGUUUCUCUGGUCGGUGCCCUGCAGCCCUCACAGCCUGGACAUCUCCUACGCCAUCCAUCCCGAGGACGCCAGGGCCCUGUGGGACAGUGUCCACAGAACCCCCGGGGAGGUGACGCAGGAAGAAGUGGAUCUGUUCACGGCCUGCCUGGAAUCCCACUUCUACAGACAUUUCAGAAUUCACUUGUCGGCCACCAGGCUGGUGCGCGUGUCCACCUCGGUGGCUUCCGCCCACACUGAUGGGAAAAUAAAGAUUUUGUGCCAGAAAUACCUCCUGGGGGUGCUGACAUACCUGACCGAACUGGCCAUCUUUCAGAUCGAGUGAGGCCGUGCCCGGAGCAAACCCAGCUCACUCGUCCC